CCGGGUCACGUGACUCCCACCAACAUGGCUGCCCUCAGGAGCUGCGGCUCCGGCGGACGGAAGCUGCUGCUGCGGCAGCUCUUCGAACCCUCCUCCUGCUCCUACACCUACCUCUUGGCUGACGCUCGUUCGGGUGACGCCGUCAUCAUUGACCCUGUGCUGGAGACUGUGGGGAGAGACACUCGUCUGCUGAGGGAGCUGGGGCUGAGGCUGCGAUAUGCAGUGAACACGCACUGCCACGCGGAUCACGUGACCGGCUCGGGGGCUCUGCGCGCUCAGCUCGGCUGCCUCAGCGCCAUAUCCGGAGCCAGCGGCGCCAGCGCUGACGUCAUCAUGGGGGCGGGGCAUGAGCUGCGGUUCGGGGCCUUCGCGCUGCGGGUCCGGCCCAGCCCAGGCCACACCCCCGGCUGUGUGACGUUAGUGCUCGAUGACCAAUCAGCUGCGUUCACUGGGGACGCGCUGCUCAUCCGGGGCUGCGGCCGCACCGACUUCCAGCAGGGCAGGAACUGGGAGCACUGGGAGGGA